AUGGGCCGGCAGCGCAGACCCCCGGGGCCGUGGUGGGAGCGGCUCCUGCGCGCUGGGUGCUGGUGGCUCCUGUGGCUCUGCGGGACGGUGCUGCGGGGGCUGUGGUGGCUCUGGAGGCUCAUGUGGGUGCUGCUGAUCUGCUACAAGAGCUGCUGGGACAGCGCCUUCCGGGCCACAGAGGAGCUCGGAACAUCUCUGCAGCUGAGACUGGAGGGGAGUGAGGAGGAGGAGGAGGGGGAGGAGGAGAACGGAGACUCCGAUUCUCUGCUGGAGCCUGGGCAGCCAGUGGUGCAGUGGCAGGAGCACAGUGAUGCCAGUGAGGCCAUGCUGGAGAGGCUGCAGGGGCUGGAGGCCGACGUCCGCUUCCUCUGCACGGAGCUGGGGGCAGAGAAGCUGCUGUGGAGCAGCCGCUUCCUGGAGGUGCUGCGGGAACAACAGAGCCUUCGCCAGCGGGUGAGUGCCCCACGGGGUCCCAGCCCCCCCAGUCCCCCCUGGUCCCCCAGACCGUCACACCCUGUCCCAGGUGCAGGAGGUGCCGUGGCAAUGGAACAGCAGCGACAGCCCCGAGCUGCUGGGGGAAGUGGAGGAUCCAACUGCCAGUGGGAGCGAGGGAGAGAGCCCAGAAGGACACCAGUGGGCAGAGCCCCUGUGGCCACCACGCGGCACCAUCCAGCCUGAUGGCAGAAAACGUAAGUGAAGGUGUGAGCAGGGCAGCAGCGAGGAAGGAGCCACAUGUCCCUCCCUGCCCAGGCCGCUCAGGACAGGCCAGAAUGGUGGAGUCCCAGCUGCGUCCCUGUAUGUGCCUCAUCUGUCGGUGCCAGCCACGCCUGGCCCCAUCCAGCAGAACUGCAGCCAUUCCUUGG